AUGUGUAUCGAUGAAACGCAGAGUAAGUCGAGCGCAGAAAUGACGUCUGAAGGCAAUGCGAUAUCGGAUCCUAAGACGCCAGUCGAGGAGCAAAUCUCGAGAGGUUAUGGAACGGUAGUAGACGUUGCAGCCUGUGCUGAAGACAAACCAGAGCUAGAGGUCACAAGAAAGAUAAAAAUGACGAGGGGUGAUCCACCUCCAGAUCAAGAACCAAGCUCAGCACGGAGAUUCAUCGAACUCGGUGGGGCAGUGAACACCAGUGCUGACAUAUGGCGGGUCGUGCGGAGGUCGCCGCUGCGUGCUGUUGCUCCCUGUUGCUCCAGCGACGUGAAUGAGGUAAUACACAAACUGAAAUUCACCGGCACCGACCGAGACACACAAAGCCCACAACAAAGCAGUACAAUUGGAACAAAGCGAGGCUACGAUUCCUGGACAUGCGUCCUCGGACAAGAUCAGGACCAGUUUAGACAAAUGGCGGGGGCACCUCGAGCCUCAUCAGGGGUGGUCUACAGCUGGACGUUGAUUUUGAGGGUGGUGGUGCACAUGUGCGGAAUAGGCGCAGAUGGCAAAAUGGAAGGGACUGAUGCCUGUGAGAGAGGACAGAGAGCAGGCUCCCUGUAUAAUCAGUGGGGUAGAUUGGAAGGUGGCCUUGUGGAGGCGGUGGAGGAAAAG